AACUCAAAGCUACGUUCCAUGGCCUUAAGAGGGAUUGGCAUGGCUCUAGCCGUAGUCCUAGUCAGCUUGUUUUGGGCAAGAGCUGCGGCUCAAUCAGGCUGCACCAGUGUGCUCAUUGGCAUGGCUCCGUGCCUUAGCUAUGUCUCUGGGAGCUCCUCAACCCCGUCAUCCUCCUGCUGCUCAAAGCUCACUAGUGUUGUGCAAUCACAGCCACAAUGCCUUUGCACUGCGCUUAAUGGCGGUGGCGGUGCUGCAUUGGGUGUUACAAUCAACCAGACGCUUGCUCUUGCGCUCCCAAGUGCUUGCAACGUGCAAACUCCUCCCGUCAGCCAGUGCAAUGCUGCUAAUGGACCGGCAUCAUCCCCCGUCUAUUCCCCAGUUGGUUCACCUGAAGGUUUACUUGGUGACUCUCCAACUAGCUCAUCGACAUCAGGAGGAUCUAAAACAGUUCCAACGAAAGGGGAGGUGGCUUCCAAUGGUGCUAUCAUGGAGACACCCCUUCAGCUCAUCCUCCCAUUGAUCUUCAUAUCUGCAUAUUGUUCAACAGUUGCAGCAACUUUGGAGUUCUUUCUGGGAUUUCAUGGAGCAUGAACCGCCAUUAAUGGAGGUCUUGUGUGCUAGCAAUACUUGCUCUAUUAAUGUAAUCUCUUAUAUAAAGUUUGUGUGUGUUUACUUAAUACUAUAUAUGUAUUACUCUUCUCCAUACUUUUGAUACCUGAAGAACAGAGCUUACACCUUAUGUGUAAUCCUGUUAAAUACAAUAUAUUUCUCAAA